UAUAUAUUUUUUUUUUUAACAUCGAUAUAUUGAUAUUGCGAUAUAUUUUUGUCAGCCCUACUUAGAAUACUAAAUAUGGCGUCAGGCGAAAACGUUUUGAUGGAAGGUCGCCGAACACGCUCCGGUCGAAAGGCCGCAUCUCCGCCAGCACCAGCACUUGCAGUGUCCACAAGAACCUCCAAGCGCACAUCCAGGCGACACGCGCAGGUAAGCGAUCCCGAAGAGGAAGAAACCGAACAGCAACAGCAGCAAGAACCACAGGCAAUCAUCGGCAGCGAAACAGUCAUGGUUUUGGAUGAGGAGGACGAGGACCAAAUGCGCGAGUCCUCGCUGCAGGAGGCUUCUGUCCCAGAACAGCAUUACGAUGAGUUGGCCCAGCUCCAGCACCAGCUGGACGAUGAUGUCGAAAUGAUGGCCGCCACAGAGACGGGCGUGGAUGAGAAGAGUUCCUCCUUUCCGUUUGGCACAGUGGCGGAACAGCAUUCCGAAACUAGUGAUGAUAUCAAAGAGAGCCGGGCCGAGGGUGGCGUAGACACGCUGCUUGCCUCCCUGGCCGGCGAUAAUGCCAACAGCCUGCCCUCCGUUGGAGGCAACGACGAGAGUGAUAGCAAAAAGGCCGCUUUCGAUUACGACGUGGAGGCCCUGCAGCCCCAUGUGGAUAAAUUGAACUCGUCCGAGGACUCUAGCUCACAUCAUGCCAUUGCAGAGAGUCUGGGCGAUGAAGCCGACACCAGCAAUGCCACAAUAGUCAACACAGAGAUAAUCUCAGAGGAUGAACUGCCUCCACCCACCAAACCAGAGAUCAACGAUGCCGAGGAGGUCUCUGAUGAAGAGCUGCCAGCUCCCCAGCGCGCUGAGCUGCCCGCUGAUGCGGAGGUAAUAUCCGAGGAUGAGUUGCCAUCAAAUAACAAUAACAAUAAUAAUGCGGGUGAGCCAAAGGCUUCGUCGAAGCGCAAAGCAGAAAAGGAAGCGGACGAGGCCAAGGCUAAUGUAGAGAAAAAGAGCAGCGAAGCACCCAGCACAAGGGCAAAAUCCGUGGAACAAUACAAUCCGGGCAGCCCGACCACAGAGAGCAACGAUGCCCCGCCAUUGGAGAAGCGGCCCAAAGUAGAUGAUGUCGAGCACAAGGAGAAGAAAAAAGACAAAGAGCGUGAUAAGGAGAAGGAUAAAGAGAGGGAGAAGGACUUGGUCGACAAAGAGAAGGAGAAGGAAAAAGAAAAGGAGAGGGAGAAGGAUAAAGAUAAAGAGAAGGAAAGGGAAAAGGAGCGAAAGAAAUUGCCCGAUCUGGAAAAAUACUGGCGGGUGGUCAAAGACGACCCAACGGACUUUACCGGUUGGACAUACUUGCUGCAAUAUGUGGACAGUGAAUCCGAUGCGGAGGCGGCACGCGAGGCCUAUGACACAUUCCUUUCGCACUAUCCCUACUGCUAUGGCUACUGGCGGAAGUACGCGGACUACGAGAAGCGGAAGGGCCUGAAGGCCAAUUGCUACAAGGUGUUUGAGCGCGGUUUGGAGGCCAUACCCUUGUCUGUGGAUCUAUGGAUACACUAUCUGACGCACGUGAAGCAGAGCAGCGACGAAGAGCUGUUCAUACGCAGCCAAUACGAGCGGGCGGUGAAGGCCUGCGGGUUGGAGUUCCGCUCGGACAAGCUCUGGGACGCCUUUGUGCGCUGGGAGAGUGACUCAAAGCGCUAUCAGCGCGUCAUACAGAUCUACGACAGACUCUUGGCCAUACCCACACAGGGCUACAAUGCACACUUCGACAAUUUCCAGGAUGUGAUCAAUCAGCAGGCAAUUACCGCCUGCAUUGGCCAAGAGGAGAUCAUACGUUUGCGCAAGGAAGUCCAUGAGCGGCAGCAGAGCAAAUCGUCCAAGUCGUCGUCGUCAUCGAAGAGUCGGCGGGACAGCGGCAGCAGCAGCUCCAAGGAGGCAACAAAGGGUGAGCGGGAGAAGAAAGAGUCUGGAGGUGGAAGUGCCAGCAGUGGCGGGGCUGGUAAGUCGCCAAAAGAUAGUAGUGAAACUCUUGUCGAUGAAUCAGAAAGUACCACCGAUCUGACCGAAAGCGAGUCAUCGCCCCCAGCUUCAAAGCCGGCGUCUCAGAUCGAUUUCAGCGAUCUUAGCACUCUCACAGAGGAGGAGGCGACCGUCAUCAAGGACAAGGUAAUAUCCGCGCGUCGCAAAAUCCACAAGGUAACCGUCGGAGCGGUCACUGCCCGCUGGUCCUUCGAGGAAGGCAUCAAACGACCCUAUUUCCAUGUGAAACCUCUCGAGCGAGCCCAGCUUAAGAACUGGAAGGAAUAUUUGGAUUUCGAGAUCGAGAAGGGUGAUCGGGAGCGUGUGUUGGUGCUGUUUGAGCGCUGCCUCAUCGCCUGCGCUCUCUACGAUGAGUUCUGGCUGAAGAUGCUCCGCUAUCUGGAGUCGUUGGAGGAUCAGAGCAAUGUCGUUGAGCGCAUUCGCGAUGUCUACCGUCGCGCCUGUCGCAUCCAUCAUCCGGACAAGCCCAGCAUGCACCUCAUGUGGGCCGCUUUUGAGGAGUUGCAGCUGAACUUCGAUGGUGCCGCUGAUGUUUUGCAGCGCCUCGAGCAGCGCUGCCCCAACAUACUCCAGGUGGCCUAUCGCCGCAUCAAUGUGGAGCGUCGCCGCGGCUCUUUGGACAGAUGCCGCGAGCUCUACCAGCACUAUAUCGAGGGCACAAAGAACAAGGCCAUUGCCGGCAGCCUGGCCAUCAAGUAUGCACGUUUUCUCAACAAGAUUUGCAACGAUCUCGAUGCGGGUCUGGCUGCCCUGCAGCAGGCACUGGAACGAGAUCCGGCCAACACGCGAGUGGCCCUGCAGAUGAUUGAUUUGGCGCUGCAGCGUCCCAGCGUGGACGAAAAGGAGGUGGUGGAGAUCAUGGACAAGUUCAUGGCCCGCGCGGACAUUGAGCCGGAGCAGAAGGUGCUCUUUGCCCAGCGCAAGGUCGAAUUCCUCGAGGACUUUGGCAGCACGGCACGUGGCCUGCAAGAUGCCCAGCGUGCGCUGCAGCAGUCAUUGAGCAAGGCCAACGAGUCACAAAAGAAGAGCGACAGCAGUCCCAGCCGCAAGGCUUCCUUGGGAAGCAAGGAUGGUAUUUCUGCACCAGGACCAUCCUCGGCCGCGGCGGCUGCCUACAACAACGGUGGAGCAUCCGGUGCGGCGGGUGGUCCCAACUACAAUUACAACUCUGCGAAUGCUUCGGGCUAUUACGGACAACCGAGCAGUGGGGGUGCUGGUGCUUAUCCGGCGCCACAGCAGCAACAGCAGCAGUCCUACGACUCGUACUACAAUCAGUGGGGCUAUGGAACGGGCGGUGGUGCAAGCAGUGGUGGCAAUAGCGGAGGUAACUACAACUAUGGUCAAUGGAGCGGCUAUGGCAACUAUUAUUAAUUAACUCUAAGAGCACCCACACCCUACACAAUAUUUGGUUUAGUUAUUUGACCCGAUCCCGAUUCCCCCCUACGAAAUGUCUUAAUAGACAUUCCAACUGUAAUUUUAUAUUGAAUUUUUAGCUUUUACAUACUCCGACUAUGUAGCAUAUAUCGAUUGUGUCCAGAUCUAACUUUUAUCCUGAAUUAAGUUUUAUCUUCAAACUAUUAUUUGAUUAUGUGCGCGCUGCGCUUUGCCUUUGAUACAUUUUUAUUGAAUAUUUGAUUGAUUGAUUGUUCUCUUUCACACACCCACACACACAUAAUAACUUGUAUGGCCCCGCUCCAGACCCCACCCCACACGAGUAUGCGU